CUUUGUAGGGCAAAGGAGUAGCAAUGCCCAAACACUAACUACUGGCAGGACGUGCACUUCACCAGCGGGGCCAGUGGGUCACUGUAGUGGUGACACAGUCUUGCCCAGCGUGGUGGGAAGGCGCUUAGGCUGUUGCCAGGAGUAACACAGCUAUGAUUGGUAGAAUGUCCGCGUUGUUAUGGAAACAGAACGCUGGCCGCAAUCGCCCUUUAACUCCAGAUCAAGCAGGGCUCCUGUGUGAGCAGGGCACGAUGGCAGAAUGGGAGCCAGGAGAGCCCACCAGAGACAAGGCCAGAUAUGAUCUGAACCUGGACAUCAGGAAGAGAAACGUUUUCGUCACCCAGUUAGGGGAGGCGAGAGAAGAAGACGAGAAUGUUACACAACUUCCUGUCAUAAAAGAGGCUGCUAGUAAGAUUUUGGAGAACAGUAAAAACACAUUGCAGAGAACCCUUGUUUUGAAGAAAGAGGUUGAGUAUGACCAUGUCAGCCAGGAGCUCCUUGCUAAAAGACGAGAAUUUAGCGAUCGAAAACAUGCAUUGGACGUGAGGAAAGAGGAAUUCUCACAGAAACAGACUGAGUACACAGAAAAAGCUGCCAAUUUUGAGAAAUUUCUGCAGGACAGUGAUGUUCGAAGGAGACGAGCAAUUCUCAAGUAUCAGACAGAGGCUAAGCAGAAUGAAUUAAGAGACAUGGAAAUCAAUAAACUAGUAAAGCAGCUAGAAGAGAAGAAAAUCAGGCAACAGAAACUUCACGAAAAAGUGAAAAAACUCAAACUCUUUGAAGAGUUCCUACUGAGAACUGUUGAUAUUGUUCCUGAAAAUUAUCUUGAAUAUGGGGUGGACUCUCCAGUUAAAGCAAUUAUAAGACGCUAUGAAACUCUGUCAUUGACUAAUGAGAGCUUGGUGAACAAUCUGACUGUUCUUGCUGAUGAACAGGAGAACAAGCAGCAUGAGCUGGAAAACUUGCAGCAGCAACAUGAUACAUUAAAGCUGAUGAUGACCAGUGAGCUUUCUCAGCUUCAGAUGGACUAUGAUAUAUUAUUGGAGAAAAACAAACAACUCGAGCUGAAAUUUAACCUGGACAAAGGUCAAUUUAGGAACCAGAGUGUAGAAGUUGCAAGCCUUUUGAUGUCCAUUACAAACCUUUCUGAACAGUGCCAUUUGAAACAUUUUAGGUCAAUAGAUGAAGCUGAAUUGUUACAAAAACUGGAUAUGAUUAAGGAAUUCAUACUGGAAAAAAGUCAGGUUGAAAAACUGGCAACACAUCUUUCAGAAGAAAGACCUUCCCUAUUCAAUCUGGAUGAUCAAACUCUAAAGCACAAACGAACUUCUAAGAAGCCAUUUAAAAUAAAAGUUUCAGAAGUGCAACAUCAAGACAACAAGAACAGCAACAACCGAAGAGUAUCCAUUGUUGAAGCCAAAAUCUAAUGAAGGAUUUCACUAAGAAGAAAAUCAUAAAAAUAUUUGCUUUAUGAUUGCCUUGGCACUUACCAGUAUAGUCAUGUGGUCAUUUAUUUCAUGGGCUUCAUCUCCUGGAUUAGGAUUUGUGUCUCAAAUGUGAAAUUACUAAUAUUAGAUUAUUUUAUGUAAUGGUUUAAUGGUUAAAUACUAUUAAGCAGGAGUAUGCUUUUUUGUUAAGCCAUAUUUGAGUUCUUUAUAGAAAGGGGCUAAUAAAUAAUAUCAUAGGCCUACCUUGCGGUAGGUUUGUAAAUACAUUCUUUUUCCAGAGCUCUCUCUUGAUUUAUAUAAUAUUGGGUCAUUUACUUAAAAAGUGCAAUUUUGGAUACAACGUGACUGAUUCUGAAUGAAGUGUCUUUCCCAUAA